GGAACUUGGAUCCCUCCCCGUGUGGCAACUCUGCGGCGAUUGGCAACGCUGUUUUCGCUGUCGAUGGUUUCACAGCGAACUAUAGACGCGUUUUUUUUUGUUGUAUAAAAUACCUAAAAUACAAGAUUAGUAUUAGUUAAACCAACUAAACUUUAGUUAGCUUUACGGUUAGUUUUCCGUGGAAAGGUAAAGUCACGGCAAACAAACAAUUCACGGCAAAAAGAGGCGUGCUUGUAGUGAGCUAGAAAAAGAAAACCGAAACGACCAAGCAAGUCAGGGAAAGGAAAAUCGAAAAAUCGAAGAGGCUUCUGAACGGACCGAAUCGAGCUGUCAGCAAAUGUCAGUAGCAGGGCAUAACUACAUAAAUUGAAGCCCCCCCAACAAGUCAGGCUCUUCAAAAUUUACACAGAAGGCAGCCAACAGGAAAAAAGUAGGCUGCCCCUUUCCAGUCGAACCGUUUAGUCCAUUUACAUUUACACAUCCACCAGGCAGCAAUAAGUUUCGGAGUCAGGAUUUAACGCGAUGUACGCCGGAGCAUAUGCACCCAACGCCGGGGGCGUUCAGCAGCACACAGGAGGUGGUUAUUAUGGAAACGGUGGCCAAGGCGGAGCAGGCGGCGGCGGAGGUGCCGGUGGCGGACCGCGCCACGAGCGCCCCUACUAUCCACGCAACAAUUUUGCUGGUGCCGGCAAUGGGGCUCCUCCAGGAGCCGGAGCCGCUGGCGGAAUGCACUUUGGCCAGCCCUACGGUGUAAUGACCUAUGGUAUCCAGAACGGGAUCGGUAUGGCCGGUGGAAACCCAUCGACCGGCGGCGGAAAUCCGUACCGCCAGCAGAACGGCGUCGCUUAUGCCGGCAAUGGCAUUGGACCGGGCGGUGGUAACGGUGGCCCCGGAGGCAGCGGUGGCAAUGGAGGCGGCGGCGGUGGCGGCUACGGCGGACCCCGUGGCAAGAACCCCAACUACGCACAGCGCUACCAGAAACCGCACAACGGCGGUGGCAACUAUCAGAGCGGCAACUACAACGCCGCCGCCUUGGGCAUGCUAUCCAAGGAGGAACGCGCCGAGAUCCAGCGCGAGAAGGCCAAGAACCCGGGCCGUAAUCUUGUCAAGCCCGUUUGGAGUAACCUGGAGCCGUUCAACAAGGAUUUCUACAACAUCCAUCCCAAUACGCUGGCCAAAACCGAACAGCAGGUGGCCGAUAUGCGCCGUGAACUGGAGAUUACCGUUUCCGGAAACGAUUUACCACACCCGGUGGCGAAUUUCGAGGAGUGCUCACUGCCGGCUCACGUCAUUGAUGAAAUGAAACGCCAGGGCUUCACCAAGCCGACAGCCAUCCAGUCGCAGGGCUGGCCCAUUGCCCUGAGCGGUCGUGAUCUGGUCGGCAUUGCCCAGACUGGCUCUGGCAAGACAUUGGCCUACAUGCUGCCGGCCAUUGUCCACAUUGGCAACCAGCCGCCAAUCUUGCGCGGCGAAGGACCGGUGGCCCUCGUGCUGGCGCCCACCCGUGAGCUGGCUCAACAGAUACAGUCGGUGGUGAGGGACUACGGGCACUUGUGUAAGCCGGAGAUCAGACACACUUGCAUCUUCGGCGGAUCGUCGAAAGUGCCGCAGGCCCGUGAUUUAGAACGCGGCGUUGAGGUGAUCAUCGCUACUCCCGGACGCCUGAUUGACUUCCUCGAGAACCGCAACACUAAUCUACAGAGAUGCACCUACUUGGUGCUCGACGAGGCAGAUCGCAUGCUGGACAUGGGCUUCGAGCCGCAGAUUCGCAAGAUCAUUGAACAGAUCCGGCCCGAUCGUCAAGUGGUUAUGUGGUCCGCCACUUGGCCCAAGGAGGUGCAGGCUCUCGCCGGUGACUUUUUAAACGAUUACAUCCAGAUUAACAUUGGGUCGAUGAGCCUGUCGGCCAACCACAACAUCCGCCAGAUAGUCGAGAUCUGCACCGAGAUGGAGAAGCCACAGCGCAUGGUGCGUUUGCUAAAGGAGAUCGCUCCGACCACCAACAAUGCUGCCAACAACGGCAACAAGAUUAUUAUCUUUGUUGAAACCAAAAUUAAGGUGGAGGACAUCUUGCAGAUCAUACGUACUGAGGGCUACACUGCCACAUCCAUCCACGGCGACAAGACUCAGAACGAGCGCGAUUCGGUGCUCAAGGACUUCCGCAACGGCAAGUCAAACAUUCUGAUUGCCACGGAUGUGGCCUCGCGCGGCCUGGACGUCGAGGACUUGCAGUACGUGAUCAACUACGAUUAUCCAAACUCGUCAGAGAACUAUGUGCACCGUAUCGGUCGCACUGGACGCUGCCAGCAGCUGGGCACCGCCUAUACAUUCUUUACACCGGACAAUGCCAAGCAGGCCCGUGAGCUUAUCUCAGUGCUGGAGGAAGCCGGCCAGACGCCCUCGCAGGCGCUCCUCGAUCUGGCUCGCUCGAUUCCUAGCUCCGGCGGCUAUCGCGGCAACAAGCGUUGGAACAAUUCCGGUGGUGGAGGCGGUGACCAUCGCAACGGCGGCUACCAGCAACGCAACAACAAUCCAUUGAACUACCAGGCCGGCAAUAGCUAUAAUAAUAAUCGCGGCGGACCACCGCAAGGUGGUGGCUAUCAGCAGUAUACCGCAGGCGGUAAUAGCUAUCAGAACGGCGGUGGUGGAGGCGGUGGUAACUGGAACCGCAUGAACCAUCAGAUGAAUCAUCAGGACGGAGGACAGCAGCGCAACGGGAAUGCUUAUCGCCCUCGUGCUCCGUUUAAUAACGGAGGACCACGUGCCAUAAUGGGCCAUCAGGGCGGUGGCGGCGGUGUUGGAGGUGGUGGUAAUGGUGGAGCUGGCGGUGGCUCCGGUGGAGGAGCUGGCGGUGUUGCUCCACAACCGCAUAUGGGACCCCAGCAGGGCGGACAUCCCCCCUAUAUGGCCCAGCAGGGUUAUCGCGGUCGUGGUCAAUUCGUACCGCCAGGAGCCGGAGUCGGAGCUGGAGGCAUGCCGCCGCGUUUCCAGCAGUAUCCCAAACGGGAUUAUCAACAGCAGGGUGGAGGCGGUGUGCACCACUAUCAGCCACAGCAACAACAGCAGCAGCAGCAGAUGCCGCAACAACCGAUGUCGCAGCAGCAACCGUCAAAAUCGGCCAAGGACGACGGAAAACAGCAGACCCAGGCACCACCGCAGCCACAGCAGCAGCAGCAGCAGCAGUACGCUGCUCCACCGCCGCCGCCCGCUACCGUGACUACUCCAUUGGUGCAUUAUACUCCGGCCAAUUCGCCGCCGAUAGCGGCUGUAGCUGCCGUAGCUGCAGCAGCCGCCGGACGGGCUGCGGCCGUGGCACCGGGGGGUGCCACCUAUAUGUACGAUGCUGCCGGAGGAGUGUUGGCUACCACAGCCGCACCCGGCACCAAUCCUUAUGCCAAUCAGUUCAGCAUGCCGGCCACCUACUAUGCUACUCAACAUCAUCAAUUCGCUCCGGCUGUGCCGGCCCCAGGACCAGGACCGGGCCAGCCGAUCGAGCAAACCGGACAGCACUAAGCGUUCGUUCGACCAGAGUAAACGGGAAUAUAGUCAUCAAAAUCAAUAUCGGAUAGUGGAAAGCGGAUAGCGGACAGCGGACAGCGGAUAGUGAAGAGCAACAACAUCAACAUCAACAUCAAUUUGAACAACGUCAAAAGCAACAAGAACUAGAACCUUAUUACACGGACAAUGAAGCAAAUAUCUAACGAAAUACAUCCAGACCGUAAAUGUCAGUCAAGUCAUGAAAACUAAAUGCUCAAUGAAAGGCAAAAUGCAAAUUGCGUAAAAUGCUUAUAUGCUAACAGAAAAUAUCUAAAAAGAAACAGAUAAAGAAAGGAUAUUUUGCAAACACAA